AUGAAUAAGAAUUUGGUGCCAUUAUUGAUAUUUAUCGUACUCGUAUUUGAUCUUCUUGCAUUCACUUCUAUUUUACCACUUUUUCCAAUUAUUAUUGAUUAUUAUGGAUUAAGUGAACGAAGGGAUCAGCUCUACGAUGCUGUCGAAAUGUUCUGCCAGUUUUUUCAAAAUGCUAUCGGUACACCAUCAUCAGAACGUCUUCAUUCCGUAUUUUUUGGUGGUAUGUUAGGAUCACUUUAUUGUUUAUUACAAUUUCUCUCCUCACCUUUACUCGGUGCGCUAUCCGAUAUUUUUGGGCGCAAACCAAUUCUACUAUUUUCUAUUGCUGGAACAUUAAUUUCUUAUGUGAUAUGGAAUAGUGCAAGCAAUUUUACUUUCUUCCUAUUAUCACGAGUAAUUGGUGGUUUAAGUAAAGCUAGCGUUUCAAUAUGCAUUGCUAUUAUGGCCGAUGUUUAUUCGAAAAACAAAGUUGUUCAAGGCAUGGCUAUUAUUGGUGCAGCAUUUUCGGUAGGCUUUUUAAUUGGUCCUAUGGUUGGCGUAUAUUUCUCACGCAAUGCUGCUGGUGCUAACACUGAAUUAGCCAUUAAUGCACCAGCUAAAUUUGGUAUUUUAUUAUCAAUUAUUGAACUCGUAUUCGUCGCUUUAAUCUUACCUGAAACUCUUCAUAUAUCGCAAAGGAAGACAUUAAUUAAUGAAGUGCUUAAAAACUGCUUGUUGUAUAUCAAGCCAAGCGCACUUUUUCAAUUUGCCGCUAUUGGUGAUCAUUCUGGAGGAAUUCGUCGAAUUCCAAACAAUAAGCAACAUAUAACCGCUAUAUACGGUAUUUCAUUUACCAUACCGGCAUACAUUAUCAUCGGUUAUAGCAAUAGCGUAGUAGAAUUUUAUGUUGGUUUAGCGUUCUAUGCAAUUGCAUCAGGCCUGGUUGUUCCAUGUUUGACAUCAUGUAUAUCAAAUGAAGCAACAGAUGAUGUCAAAGGUGUUACAAUUGGAGUAUUUCGAUGUUUAGGUGCUUUAGCUCGAGCUAUUGGUCCACUUUUUGCAUCAACAGUAUUCUGGCUUCUUGGUUCAACAGUGUGCUAUGUCGUCGGUGGAAUUUUAUUAAUUAUACCGAUAUUUAUGCUGCGACAUUUUUCACCAGGAGCGGCGGCGAUGAUAAAAAAAAAAUGA